AUGUCCGCCACCACCACUUCCGACCCCCGGCGCUACGCCUACCUUGUCGGCAUCGGGGUAACCCACUCCAUCGCGCCCCCGAUGCACAACUACUCCUUCAACAGCAUGGGCUACCCAUGGACCUUCAUCGCGCAAGAAUGCCCGACCGUUGAAGAUGCCAUGACACUCUUCCGUCAGCCCACCUUCGCCGGCGGGGUGGUAACCAUGCCCUAUAAGCGCACCAUCAUGGAGCAUCUCGACGGGCUAGAUGAGUACGCCGUGCGCCUCCAAGCGUGCAAUAAUGUCUAUCGCGCAGAAGAUGGCUCAUUGCGCGGGACGAAUACAGACUGGCGUGGGAUCAAGGGGUGCUUGCUAUCAGCUGAUCCCGAGGAGAAAGGGAGGGGUAAGGCCGCGGUUAUUGUGGGUGCUGGGGGAGCGUGUCGCGCGGCGGUGUAUGCGCUGUAUGCGGAAUUGGGAUGUACGCCUAUUUAUGUGGUGAAUCGGGAUGAGGAAGAGGUUAGGGUGUUGAGGGAGGAUACGGAGAAGGAGUAUGGGGAGGGGUUGAAGAUGGUUCAUGUUGAGAAGAUGGAGCAGGUUGCGGGUUUGUUGGAGAAGGCGGCGCCAGGGUAUAUCGUUGGGACGGUUCCUGAUGCGGAGCCGGUGACAGCGGAGGAGAAGGAAGUGCAUCGCAUUGUGGAGGCGUUUUUGGAUGCUCCUACUAAGGGGGUGUUGCUGGAUAUGUGCUUCAAGCCGAGACAGACGAGGUUUCUGAAGAUGGCGCGACAGCGUGGAAAGCAUAUAAAUGCACACCCAAGGUUCAUGCUACGCUUUGAAUAUCACAUACAUUGUAUUAUCGCCCAGGCCGGCUUCCAAGGAGUGGAGAUUUUCUACGAAGACCUGGAAUACCUUGCCAAAGAAAAGGGAGAACCGACAGAAGAGAAUCUCCUAGCUGCCGCCCGAGAAACCAAGGGCAUUUGUAACCAUUACGGCCUGGAAGUGAUUGGCUUACAGCCGUUCAUGUUUUAUGAGGGCCUGCUGGAUCGAGAUGUCCACCAACAGAAAAUCGCCAAACUUCACACCUGGUUCAAGAUUAUCAAGAUCCUCGGCACCGAUAUCAUCCAAAUCCCGUCAAAUUUUCAGCCCGAUGGCAUCUCAGGAGACCUUGAUCUUAUCAUCUCCGACAUGAUCGAGGUGGCCGAUCUGGGCCUGAAGCAAGAGCCGCCAGUUCGCUUUGCAUACGAGAGUCUCGCCUGGGGUACCUAUGUCUCAACAUGGGACACUAUGUGGGAAAUCAUCCAACGGGUGGAUCGCCCCAAUUUUGGUUGUUGUCUGGAUACCUUCAACAUCGCCGGUCGGGUAUGGGCUGAUCCCGCCAGUCCUUCGGGAAAGGUCCCUGACGCAGAUGCUGUGCUGGCCCAGUCGUUAGAUCGUCUGGUCAAGACCAUCGACGUAAAAAAGGUCUUUUAUGUUCAGGUUGUCGAUGCAGAAAAGAUGGAGCAGCCGUUGGUCCCAGGCCACCCAUUCCACGUCGAUGGCCAGCCGGCCCGCAUGAACUGGAGCCGCAACGCGAGAUUGUUCCUCUAUGAACAGGACAAAGGUGGAUAUCUCCCGGUAUUUGAGGUGGCUCGGGUUAUUCUGAAGGAGCUUGGAUUCGAAGGAUGGGUAUCGAUGGAGUUGUUCUCCAGAACCAUGGCGGAUCCGGAUCCGACCGUGCCGCAAAGUCAUUCUCAGCGAGGCAUCCAGGCCUGGCAAAAGUUGGCCAAGGAGUUAGAUCUAUAA